GAGAGAGGAGAACAGCCAGACAGCCGGCAUUGAGACAGAGUGAGAGUGAGAGAGCGCCUGCCAUCCUGCAGCCAUGGCAGACAUGGACUCUCUGAGCAAGGCCCUCGAGGCUAUAAGUGUGAGCACAGAACUCGUAGAGGAGGAACUCAAGCCUCACCUGGAAACCUUGCUGGCUACACUACUGGAUAAGAAGAAAGGUGCAGCUGUGGAGAUAGCCAAGAGUGGCAUUCUGCCCAUCUUGGCCCAGGCCCUGAGAAGGAAGAGCCCCCUCACCAAGACAGUAGCCCUGGUGGUGGCCGAGAUGGCACGGGAAGCUGCAGUGAGGGAUCCGUGCAUCGAAGCUGGCCUGGUGACCGCCCUGGUGCCCCAUCUCCACAGCGCUGACCAGGAGCUGUUGCUGAGCACGGGCAGAGCCAUCGGACGCAUCUGUUUCGACAACACGGCACAGCAAGACCAGCUGGUGCAGAGUGGAGUGAUCCCAAGGCUGGUGGCCAUCAUGAGGGAAUACCCGGAGAACGACCCCCUGGUCAACGUUUGCCUCCUGGCCCUCUGUAACCUCGCCGAUAUGGACACGGCGCGGGAGGCCCUGGCGGAGCUGUCCGUGGCCGAGGUCCUGACCUUCCAGCUGAAACGCGCACCUGAUGCCGAACGCAGGCACAUCAUCUUGGAGGUGCUGGGAUCGCUGGGAGAGAGCGAUGUGCUGAAGCUGCAGUUUGUGGAGUCGGGGGUGCCCGAGGGUCUGUCUGAGAUGAUCCGGGGGCUGCAGGGGGGCUCCGACCCUCAUGACCUCUGCAGCAUUAAGAUCGCCUCCAACCUCAUUGUGUCUCUCCUGCUAGGGGACGACUCGAUGCAGAAAUGUUUUGGCGAGGGCACAGGGACAGUUUACCAGGAUGUUCUGUCCUGGCUCCAGUCCUCCCACUCUCAGCUGCAACUGUCUGGGGCGCUGGCUAUUGCCAACUUUGCCAGGAAUGACAGUAACUGUGUGAAGAUGCUGGAGCUGGGGGUGGUGCCUCACAUCCUGACUCUGCUGGAGCAGCACGUGGACGAGGGAGAUGUGUCUGUGCAGCACGCUGGACUGAGCGCGCUCCGUAACCUGGCCAUACCAGGCACUAACAAAGUGCGCAUGUUGGAGGAUGGGGUGACUGAGAGGAUAAAGAGCCUGCUGCGCUCUGACAUGCCCCCCGUCCAGUUCAAACUGCUGGGGACCCUUCGGAUGAUGGUGGACGGCCAAGAGGAGGCAGCCACCGUGCUGGGGAUGGACGAGGUGCUGCUGAGCCGGGUCAUGGAGUGGUGCGAAGCCAAGGACCAUGCAGGGGUCAGAGGGGAGGCCAACCGUCUCCUGGCUGCCCUCAUUAGACACAGCCGCAACCUGGAAGUGGUCCACGCUGUUACCAAAGCAGAUGGGGUACGGCACCUCAUCUCCAUGGCAACCAGUGAGCACGUCAUCAUGCAGAAUGAAGCCCUGGUUGCUCUGGCGAUAGCCUCUGCUAUUGACAUGGACUCCAUGCAGGACUCGUUCCAGGAGGCUGAGCUGUUGCCCACGCUGCAGAAGAUGUUGGAGGAUCCUGUGGGGGCGUCAGAGGUCAAGUUCAGCGCCUUAGGUCUCAUCUGCAGCCUGGUAAACUCUGGCAUGAUGAAAGAGCAGAUGGAUUCCCUGAACCUGAAGGAAAGCCUCAGCAAGCUGUCGGGGAGUUCCAACACCAAACUGGCUUCCCAGGCUGACACAGUCCUGUCCAUGCUCAAUGAGUCCAGCUAAACUGACCGCCCCACUGCCCCUUGUGGUCUACACAACCACAGACUUUCAGCACCGUGUGCCACCACCAACCCUCAACCGCAUCAAACCAGUUUGGACCACGCAAACCAACCUUCUCUUGGUGGAGAAUGCUGAAGGAGUGGGGAAGGUGUGUGACGAGACUGAUGUUUCUAUCUAACAUGUUUUCCAUGGCUGCGGCCAUCUUCCAACUUCUUAUCAUUCGGGCCAAUGGCAAGCACAUAGGGACAAUAAGCACUGACCCACACAUCUCUCACAUCACAAGUCAUUUGACAAAGAGCUGAUAAAAGUAGCCUAUGACUGAAGCACAAGCUGGGGAGACCAAUACACGCAAUCCCAAAUAUUCCUUGUCCUGUCAAAUAUCAAAUCCACUACUAAGCAAAAUACUAAAUGUAAACUAACUUAACAAAAUAAACCAAACAAUUCUAUGUGACAUUGAAUAGAUAGCAUAGGAAUUUGUGUACAGUAUGUUGUCAAAUGAAGUGUUUGCACAUGUAUGGCACCCUAGAUUUAAUUACCUUCAACAUUUUAUAUGUUAACGCUAUUUAAGAGAAACAGACAUUUACUAUGGAGAUUCAACGUGUGUUCUAUGCUCUGUGCAUAGACGGUUAAAGUAUUAGGCUAUUACAGUAUACAGUAUAUUACAGUGUUACCAAGUUUGUGUCUUCCUUGUGGAUUUUUGGACGAGUUCCUUUUGGCAAUAUCUACAGCACAUUGUAUAACAGCAUCAAAAGAAAAUCCUUGUCUUAACCUAAGCAUGACUUUAACCAAAGCACAUUAUGGGUUACGGUGGAAGGCUAAUCUAAUCAACAAUUUUCCAUUGUUGUCCAUAUGUCAGUUGAAAACGAUCAGCUUCUGCAAUCAAUACGGUGGGAGGACAUUUUAACACAAUUUUACUAUAAUCAACCAUUGACACCAUUGACAGUACGAUCCAUUAUUGUCAAGGGAAAUGUCUUCCAAGAUUUGACUGGGAGACUCCCAUAUACUUUGUGCUCUGACACAUGGGUGCUAAAACUCAAUUCUACUAUAUGAGAAGUACAGCAGACUGCCUGUUUCCACAGCCUGGUUGUGACAGGUCUCCCUUUUGUGAACACUGAUUAAAAAGAGGAUCAAUAGACCAAUAAAGUGUUUGUCUGUGAAGGACUGUUUUAAUGAGACACUCCAAUCCCAGCUGAUUCCCAAAUCCUUUUUUAACAAUAAUGAGUUUCAAACUCAUGUGCACAUUAUGAAAAACACUUUGCACGGGAGAAAAGCCCACUCUCUGAUUUCCUGUCAUGGUUUUAAGGUCUAUCAAAUAUUUUUUUUGAUUUGCCUAUUUAGGUGUUGACGUGUGAUGGCUUACAGGAACAUCUGGCAAUAAAAUAAUCAUAUGGUCCGAAGGUUAUGCCUUUUUAUUAUUUUCACUGACGCAUAACUGACUGGGUGGAUGUGUGUUUAUGAAUUACGUGG